ACACCGGAUCGAACAACCACCCGAUUGUCCUUGGGAUACCAUCCUUCAUUACGAAAUGCACCCACACUUCGUAUCUUAACGCGUUUCAUGCAUUGCCGCUGACCAAUAUUCGAAUUUUGGCGAUCCGAGACUGUAGGCAGAAUGGGUUACGAGGCAGCAGUUGCGAUUGGCCUUCCCCCGCAUUCAUGGUGUGAUAUGGCGCGAAUAUCGGAGACCCUUUCCAGUUCCUAGAUAUCCUCGCGAAAUGCUGGAUAUCUAUAUAAUUGCAGCUCUGUCCAGAUCAUAUUAAGCACUUCACACUGACAAGAGUACUUUAAUUUUCAUCGAAAAGUUAGGAAAGCCAUCUAACAGCCAUGGCUUCGGAAACUCCCAAGAUCACUUUGUAUACCAACCAUUUGUGCCCGUUCGCGCAUCGCGCGCACACCACUUUGGAAGAGCUUGGGUUGCCAUACGAGCAGGUCAUAAUCGACCUGCAGGUUCCACGCGAGCCAUGGUACUUGGAAGUCAACCCACGCGGCCUUGUCCCAUCGCUUAAAUAUGAAUCGUCCAAGAUCCCAUCGACGAUCCUCACCGAGUCCGCCACUGUCUCCCAGUUCCUGGUUGAUGCACACCCCUCGCGACUUCUGCCGCCUUCCUCUGAGGCACCGCUUCUUCGCGCUCGCAUCAAUUUCUUCGUAGACACCUUCAAUAACAAGGUCUCUUCCUACCAGCGGAAUAUCGCCUUCCUGGAAGGCGCUGAAGCAAAGGAAGCGAAGGCUAAAGAGUUGGUAGAGGUGAUCCGUAAGGAGAUCGAGCCAUUGUUGCCGGAGGCAGGACAGGGGCCUUUCUUCGGUGGAAGCGAGGAGUUCACAUUUGCUGAGACGCAAGUUGGUCCGUUUAUCGCACGAUUAUAUGGAUACGCUGAACACGGGGAGCACAUCCCUAAGUCCUUGAUUGCAGAUCUUGAGAAGCUGCCGAAGUUCUCACGCUACGCGAAGGCAGUGAUCUCAAGGCCAACCUUGACCAAAUACUUCCCUCUGGAAGGUCUUAUUGAGGGAACGAGAAAGAGGAUCGCUGCGUUGAAGCAGAAGGAACUCGCGGCGAAAGCUUGAUGUAACAGUUGCUGGUGGUUUCGACGGAGCUGAAAUCUCGAAUGGUGUAUUGCACAAUUUAACUUCCGUCCGUACUUUACAUGACCAUAACCAAAUCCUUUGUGAAUAAACCCGAUCUUCC